GGGAAAUUUGAGGUUAUAUUUUUUGUUUACAUACAACAAAAUAUUCGUCGUUGUGGAAUCAAACUCGAUAAAUAAAAGCAACUCAGAUAUGAGUUUACCUACAGAUUUCGGUCCGGAUUCAGGAGGCAGAAUAAAGGGUUUAGUGAUAGUAAAGCCGAUAGUUUACGGUAACAUAGCUAAAUACUUUGGAAAGAAACGCGAAGAGGAUGGCCACACGCAUCAGUGGACCGUCUACUUGAAGCCCUAUAACAAUGAAGAUAUGACCGGAUAUGUGAAGAAAGUCCACUUCAAACUGCAUGAGAGUUACGCAAACCCGAACAGGAUCGUGUUGAAGCCGCCGUACGAGCUCACGGAGACCGGCUGGGGGGAGUUCGAGAUCGUCAUCAAGAUCUACUUCCAUGAUCCUAAUGAAAGACCUGUAACCCUCUACCACAUCUUGAAGCUGUUCCAAUCUCCAGUGAAUGAGGGUGCCCCGCCGACGGUGGGUCGAGCACUGGUAAGCGAGGGCUAUGAGGAGAUUGUGUUCCAGGAGCCCACGCAGCUGAUGCAGCACCUGCUCAUGAACGUGAAGCCGCUGACUAGCGGCAAGUGGAAACAUGAGACUGAUUUUGAAGAGAAGAAAGAAACCACUCUAGAAAAGAUAUUAACUGCAAAGACUAAAGUAAGAAAUGAAAUCACAGAACUGAAAGACAAAUUAAAGUUGGCUAAAGACACUAUUUCAAAAUUCAAAGAGGAAAUAGCUAAAGUUCAGAACAGCUCCGGUGCAUUGUUGCAAAUUGCAUAGACUUAUGGAUUUAAGGUGAGAUUUACUUAUAUAUUAAGAAAAACUGAAUUUGUAACCAUAUUUUAUUGGUAAACAAAAUACAGAAGACUUAAAGGUCUUAAGUUUAAAUUAGGGUAAAAAUAAAUAAGGACUUAAACUAAGUGAACUGAUAAAAAUAAAACGCAUAAGACACACAU